GCCAAUUUCGAGGAAGGGAUUUUUUUGGUGGUCUUGGUCAAAAAGUUCAGAAUCAAAAGAAGUACGAUUGCCUUGUCUAAGAAACGCCAUCCACCACCACAAGAUUUGCGCGUCUCCUUUGGGGCAAGAGAAGAAGUAAAGCUCUAUUUAAAGUCCCAAGUGCUUGUGCUUGUGCUUGAAGAGGAGAAACGCCAAUCACCACAAAUCACUGAGAGAUCGUUUUUGUUCUGAGAUAUAUCUGGUUUUGAUAGCUCCGGGCUGAGGCGUGAAGGUGAUAUCCUUGGAUUGCACUGCCUUUCGGGACUCAGACACAACUUGAUCUGCUUCAAGGCAACUUCUUCUCAAACACUGAAACCCAUCGCAGUAAUUUCAUCUCUGCAUCGCUCCUCGAGAAACCAUUUGAGACUAUCGUCUACUGAUUAGUCUUCACUCGCUUUCUCUGUUCUUUUCCCUCUUGAAAGUUCUCGCCCAGGCUUGUUCAGGGUCUCCUCUUCCCGAUCUCGCGCCUCUCGUCGCAUCUCAGCUCGCAGAAGGUAAUCACUUUUUCAUCCCUUAUUACCGUGUCGUUUCUGUUGAUUCUGUCGCUUUGUUAUCGGAAUAAUCGGCUGAGCUAAGUGUGUUUCCGGGCCCUUUUUGCCUAUUGGGGAUGUGGGGGUGGCUGCUGAAUAGCAGAGGAGGGUCUUCUAUUCUCUCUUUUGGAGCCGCUGUUGCCUGUUAACGAGUACACCUGAGGCGUCGCCAAGAACACCCGCAAUCGCUCCUUCCGAACCACACCGGCUUCAAAGGACCCCCCAUCGAUAUUUCACCUUGAGGGACCGGUUUCUUCGGCGGGCACCGAUUCGCAGGCUUCCUGGGUUUUGGGGGGGGGGUGUUCUUCGUCGGAGCACACUGAGGUCGUCUCUGGAUUUCCAGAUACACCGGAGAAGAGCUGCGAUCUUAUCGAAAGAUAUUGAGUUCCCUUGUCCGUCGUUGGUGAUUUUCGUAGUAGCCACUUGUCCUUUCUCGUGGGUGUUCUGACCUGAGAUCUGCAAAAAUUUGCCUCGGUGUCUUUCCGAAUCGAGUCGGUCCGGGUCCGGGUUGAGGCGCGAAGGUGUGAAUCCUCGGAUCGUACCGCACAACUUGAAUUUGCUGCUUCGAGGCAACUUCUUACUCUCAAACACUGAAACCCAUCACAGUAAUUUCAUCGCUGCAUCUCCUCGAGAAUACUACUUGCGAAAUUCCCUCGGGACGAAAAGCCCGUCCGAUUAAAAUUACGAAAAUACCUUUCUAGACCCGAAGUCCAUCGGCCCACAGAAACCAUUCGAGACUAUCGUCUACUGAUUAGUCCUCACUCGCUUUCUCUGUUCUUUUCCCUCUUCAAAGUUCUCGCCCAAGCUUGUUCAGGGUCUCCUCUUCCCGAUCUCGCGCCUCUCUUCGCACCUCAGCUCGCGGAAGUGAAACGACAUCAGCUUACUUAACUGAAGGCCGCAUCUUCAUUACCUAUCUCUUUCUCAAGAACACGAACCUUCUUCAGCAUUGCCUCGGAGAGAAAUAAACCUACACGUUAGUCAGAGUGGACCAAGCCAGCAAAGCAUUUGCAGAAAAGCAUCCUAAAAGCAUCUUUCGGUGUUCAUCAAUCCUUUUGAGCAGCAGAAAAGCAUCUUUUCGUUUCAACUUUCCCCCCUCAGAUCGCCAUGGACAAAGAGUUGAGUCAGGGAAAGGGAAAGAGAGCAGAGGAAGAGAGCAUUGAGGGAGCAUCCACUUCUUUGUUCAUCUCUCCGGUACUCACAGGACAAGGUGACGAUCAAUACGACGUAUUCUUGAGCUUUAGAGGCUUAGAUACUCGCAAGAAAUUCACCGAUCAUCUCUACCAUAGACUGGUCAGUGCAGGGACUGUACCUUUUUCCGUGUUCAAGGAUGAUAACAGCAUCCCAAUUGGCGAGGAAUUUGGUUCACAGAUUCUCGAUGCCAUCUCACGAUCUAAGAUUUCGAUUCCCAUCAUCUCCAAAAAUUAUGCUACGAGCAAAUGGUGCCUCCGUGAGCUCAUUCAUAUGAUAGACCGUAAGAAUAGCAUGUCACACAUAGUGUUGCCAAUUUUUUACGAAGUGAAACCAUCGGAUGUGCGGUAUCUAAAAGGAAGUUUUGGGGAGGCGUUCCGUUUGAGCCAGGCGUGUUUUGAGGAGAAGGAUAUCAAGGAAGGGCGACAAGCCCUUAAUGAAGUCAGUUACUUAAAUGGAUGGGAAUCUGAGAAAUUUGCCGACGGGCAUGAGGGAAAAUUAAUAGAACGUGUGGUCGAAACUGUUACAAGUACGUUACAGAAAGAUUUUCAGCUGGAUGUGAGUAAACAACUAGUUGGACUUGAGGGUCAUCUUGAGGAAAUUAUGAAUUGGAUAGAUAGUCCUUCCAUCCAUGCUCGAAUGAUUGGAAUUUAUGGCAUGGGUGGGAUAGGCAAGACAACUCUUGCCAAGCACAUCUACAAUCAACUCUCAAAUAAAUUUGUGCAUGUCAGCUUCCUUCCAGAUGUUGGAGAAAUUACCAGACGCCACGGUAUUAUGUAUUUACAGAGUCAACUUAUAUCGGAUAUACUACAUAGCAAAAGUCAAGUGUCUAGAAUUGAUGAUGGAAUUAACAUAAUCAAAUCUAGAUUCAAAGGAAAAAAGGUUCUCAUUCUUCUCGAUGAUAUAGAUGACAAGAAUCAACUACAUGCACUGGCUAGGGAACAAAAUUGGUUUAUGGCAGGUAGCAUGAUCAUUGUUACAACUAGAAAUGCAGGCGUUCUUGAUCAAUCUGAAUUCGAGGGAGUCUACAAGUACGAAUUGAAUGAAUUGGAUCAGAAGCAUGCUUUGCUACUGUUUAAGAGACAUGCAUUUCGUACAGACCAUUCUUCGAGGGACUUUGAGCGUAUAUCUCAUGAUAUCAUAUCCACCAUGGGUGGGCUUCCCUUGGCACUUGAGGUCGUGGGUUCAUCCUUGUAUAAAAAAACGAAUCAAAAAGUAUGGGAAGAUGUGUUGAAGAAAUUAAAAAGCGAACCACAUAGAGAUGUCCAAAAGAUAUUGCGAAUAAGUUAUGAUGCAUUAGAAGAUGGACAUAAGCAGAUUUUUCUUGAUGUUGCUUGUUACUUAAUUGGCAAAAAUAGCAUAUUCGCCACGUACAUGUGGGAGGACGAUGGGCUUUAUCCAAGUGAAGGAAUUGAAGAGUUGAAGUCGAGGUGCUUAAUUAAAAUUGGAGAUCAUGGUUGGUUUGAGAUGCAUGAUCAACUGAGAGAUCUUGGAAGGAGCAUUUUUCGCGAAGAACAACGGCUUGACAAACGUAGCGGACCAUGGGACAACAACUACAAGGGAACCGCAAAAAUACUAUGCUAUCGAGGGGGACGCUGCUGGUUCCAUGACUUGAUGGGGGGAGCUUCAAUCGGAGACUCCAACGAACUCCUUUCUGAAGUAAGAUGGCUUCAGUGGGAGUUCUGGGAAGACGAUCCGCCUCUUCCGACGGCCAGUUUGCAUCUACCGAACUUAUCGGUGCUGGAAUUAUCAUGGUGCAGGUUCACAGAGGAUUGGGAAGGAUGGAGGAGUUCAUUCAUGACGGCAAAGCGGCUACAAGUUCUCGACCUCAGAUGCUGCUAUAAUUUAAGAUGUACUCCUGAUCUCUCGGCUUUCACGCAGUUGAAGAUCCUCACCUUUAGAACUUGUCGGAGUCUGGAGCAUCUCCACCCUUCUCUUGGCAAACUCAAGAGCCUCGUUUCCUUGGACUUGAAUGGCUGUUGGAGUCUCAAGGAGCUACCACGGGAAGUGGGCGAAUUAAAAGAUUUAGAAGAACUUGUAUUAGAUGAAUCUUGUAUUACAGAGAUCCCUACGUCUAUUGGUUCUCUGAGGAAGCUGAAGAAACUGAGUGCCGUCCAUUGUGAGUCACUGAGAGAAAUCCCUAGCUCAAUUGGGGAUCUACAGAAUUUGCAACACCUGGACUUGAGUUGUUCUGGGAUUGAAAAGCUUCCCAGUGCUAUUGGAAGGUUGAAAAAUCUGCGAACUCUACGUCUCAAUACAUGCCCUUGCCUGAAACGGGCAAUUCCAAGUGAAAUCGGUGACUUGUCUUCGCUCGAGAUUCUCGACAUGGCUUGGGCACGGAUAUCUGACCUGCCAGAAAGCAUCCGGAAUCUUUCUUCUCUCCAACGCCUUUACACAGGGCUCCAGUCGCUGCCAGAGCAGCUUCCUAUGGGCUUAACGUAUCUGUAUGUCGCUUCUCAGAGUCCCAGGUCGCUAAAUCUUUCUAGCCUAAUCCACCUAGAAAAACUCCAUCUUCGGGCAUGCCAUCUACUUGAAUACAUCCCCGAGCUUCCCUCAAGACUCUUGAAACUCCAUAUUGAGAAUUGUGGUAAGCUGAUAUUGCUUAAGCUCAACGGAUGUGAGUACUUGGAAAAGUUUUCAAUAAAAAAGUGCAGUUCAAUUGAAAGAUUGGACCUUUCACAAUUAAUUCAUUUGAAACGAUUACGUGUUGAGGAUUGCAAUAAGCUAGUUGAAAUUCAGGGCAAUUUGGAGUUCUUGGAGGACAUGUCUAUAUGUCGCUGCAAUUCCAUUAAAAGGCUUCUCUGUGUAGAAUCACGGUGUUUGAAGGAAUUACGGAUAUACAUGUGCAACAAUCUAGUCGAAAUUAGAGGUCUUGACGGUGCGAAGUUCUUAGAAAAGUUGGAUUUUGGAGCAUGCGAAUCAUUGGAGACUUUGCCAAAUUUGACGAGAUGUGAGAAGUUACGAUCUCUAAAUGUUUACAAUUGCAAGAAACUUACUCAGCUUCGGGGACUUGAAAAGUUGGAUUCAAUUGAUUUGAAUAUUUUUGGUUGCGACUCAUUGGAAGCGAUACCGGAAUUAUCUGGAUUUUAGAAAUUAUGAAUUAAAGCUGUUUUGCGACUCAUGGAGUGAUGUUUCCUCAACAGAGGUAAAUUAGCAGUGAACAAUCAUUUUUCUUCUGAGAUUCAUGACCUACUUUUCAU